UGGGUUCUGGAGGUGAUGCUGCUGGCCGCUGGGCGGCGCUGCUGUCUGCUGGACCGGAAGCAGGUCUCUCUGUGUUUCCGUUUCCGUUUCCGGUGAGGUCACGGUGUUUUGUUUUGUGUCUCCAGCAGCGGAGUCCUCCGGUACACCGCUCCGGUCCUCCGGUCUCUCUCCACCGUCUCUCUGCUUCUUCUAGCCGCUCAGAUGUACCGAGCUCCAGUCAGACCUCCGCGGAGUCCCGGAGCUCUGAGGCCGGCUGGCAGGUUCUCCUCUCCGGCCUCCAGCUGGAGAGACCCCGGGGCUCCGGUCUGCUCUCCCUACGGAGGAUCUCCGCGUGGUUACCAUGGUUACACCUACUCUCCCGGGUCUCACCGGGGAUACAGGGACGGUUCUCCGGCCCGGUUCGGGUCCGGGUCCAGAGGAGGUUUUCAGCGGUCCGGAUCAGACCACCACAUGCAGGGAGGAUCUUCAGACUCUUCGGUGGAGAAAUAUUUCAGUCCGUCAAUGCUGCAGGAUCCCUGGGCAGCUCUGCUCGUCACAGACGCUCCGGAAGACAGAAGGACGAGCUGACAGAAAACAACGACAGAAAUCAACAACAGUAAACAACAACAGAAAUCAACAACAGUAAA